AUGGCAGAGCAACUCCAGACCAUACGAACGCUAGUCAGAAAAGCCAAGAAGCUAUACCUGAAGAAAUUCCACGAAGAAGCCAAAGUGUUCGCCUACGCGCCGGGUAGGGUCAACUUAAUAGGGGAGCACACGGAUUACAACGGGGGCUUCGUCAUGCCGAUGGCCCUGCCCCUGUACACAGUCUGGGCGGGAAAACGAUACGACGGCACCUUCGCCGAAAUUUUCACGAACGCCGCCGGCGUCGAGGAGCCCACGGUAAGGUUCGGCAUCUACAACCUGGACAGAUCCGGCCCUGCCUGGUCCAAUUACGUCAAAGGCGUCCUGUCCUGCUACUUCGGCAAACUGAACGCCUUCAAGGCCGUCAUCGUGAGCACCGUUCCCGUCGGCGGCGGCCUCUCCAGCAGCGCCGCCCUCAGUGUCUCCACCUACAUGUUCCUAGACGAGCUCAACGGCGGUCGAUCCGAAUUGACUAAAAUUGAGAAAGCUCUGGCCUGCAAGAAAGCGGAGAAUAUCUUCGCUGGAGCGCCCUGCGGUAUCAUGGACCCUUUCAUAGCAUUACUGGGCGAAGCUGAAAGCGUUUUGCUGAUCGAUUGUCGCUCGUUAACCUUCGAACCCAUCACGCUGGCGGAUCCCAAAAUCGUCGUGCUAAUAACCAACUGCAACGUGAGGCACGAUUUAGCAGGCGGCGAAUACGACGAGCGCCAGAAGGAAUGCUUCAAAGCGGCCGAGCUGAUGGGCAAGGAGUUCCUGCGCGACGCCGAUUACAUGGAUUUCAGGGAACUGUUGGAGAACAGGUUCAAGCUGAAGGCGCCCACGUCGCUGUUGAAGCGCGCCCGGCACGUUAUCAGCGAGAUCAAGAGGACCUUCGACGGCGCCCGGUUGCUGAAGAAUUCCAAGUUCGAGCAGUUCGGCAGGCUGAUGUACGAGAGCCACGAGUCGCUCAGGGACGAUUUCGAGGUGUCCUGUCCCGAAUUGGAUCAGCUGGUGGAGCUGACGAGAGGCGUGGAGGGCGUGUUUGGCAGCAGAAUGACGGGGGGCGGUUUCGGUGGGUGUACGGUUACUCUGAUGUACGCCGAUGCUGUUGAUAAGUUGAUCAAACGGAUACAGAAGGGGUACGACGGGGUGCCUACGUUUUACGUGUGCAAGCCCAGCAAUGGGACGAAGAGGUUGUGCGAAUGCGCCAGAGUGGCUUGA